AUGGCGCCCUUCUCGGCAGGGCAUUUUAAUAACGGGUUGUACUUACAGAUCUCCGAUGCAAAUGCUGAUAUCCGUUAUCAAAUCCUGCCAUUGUUCGAAGGCUUCUGGGUGAAGAUAUUUGGGCAAGCCCCUACAUACAAUAGUCAUGGGGUAGUGGCGGCUACAGCGGCGCGAUGGCGGCUACAGCGGCGUAGUGGCGGCUACAGCGGCGUAGGGGCGGCUACAGCGGCGUAG